GUGGCUGCAGGAAAAUCGGCGCAUUGUGCAUCGGCAGCUUGGUUGUGGCGGACUAGCAAAAGAUUAGCAAUGAACAGGAUACGAAUCCACGUUCUGCCAACCAGUCGGAACAGGUUAACACAGCAGACGCCACGUUCUCAGGAAGCUCAGACCUGUGCUUUCACACAACGGCCAUGCACUCAGCCCCGCCUGGAAGGACUGGAUUUUUGCAUCAAACACAUUCUGGAGGAUAAAAAUGCCCCGUACAAGCAGUGCAGUUAUGUCUCCACAAAGAAUGGCAAGCGCUGCCCUAAUGCUGCACCAAAGGUUGAGAGGAAAGAUGGAGUGACAUUCUGCGCAGAGCAUGCUCGCAGGAAUGCCAUGGCCCUUCGUGCUCAGAUGAGAAAGGUAUCUUCUGGUCCAUCAGCAGAGAUGCUGUUGUCUCAGCUUAGCGGGUACAGCCGUGCAGAGACACGCAGCCUUGAUGGAGGUCGCUCUGAAGCAAGUCGUGCUCUAGAUGAGGACAGUCUGAGUGAAGAGGAACAGGGUCCCCUAGUACUGGACCAGACAUGGAGAGGAGACCCUGAAAGUGAGGCCGACAGCAUUGACAGUGACCAUGAGGAUCCUCUAAAACAUGCUGGAGUGUACACUGCAGAGGAGGUGGCGCUCUUCACUCGAGAGAAACUCAUUAGGCUCCAGUCCCUCUACAUUGACCAGUUCAAACGUCUGCAGCAUCUGCUGAAGGAGAAGAAGCGCAGAUAUCUGCACAACCGCAAAAUAGAGCAUGAGAGUAUUGGAGGCAGCCUUCUGACAGGGCCUGAAGGCCUGUCAAUGAAGGAGAAGGAGAACCUGAAAAAGCUCAAAGCUCUUCGUCGAUACCGUCGUCGCUAUGGAGUGGAAGCUCUGCUGCACCGGCAGCUGAGAGAGCGUAGACAGGCUGUUACAGAAGGAGCAACUCUGCCACAUGCAAGAACGGUGCAGGAGAAAUGCAUUUCCUUUGUGGAUGGAACUCGGUGCACCAAUUCCUGCCUACCCAUGACCCACCACUGUGUCUCACACAUCUUCCAGGACAGCAACCAGGUGCUUUUCAAAACCUGUCCAGGCAUGAAGGAUGUCCCAUGUGACCGCACAGUACACAUGGGUCAGUCUGAUGAACCCCGCUGCCCUCUUCACCUCACGCUGCCUCCUCCCAUGUACCAGCCGGAGCAGCAGCCUCCCCCCCAGGAGCAGCUGACCCCAACAAGCAGAGACAUGUACCUGAGUGCUGCUGAGCUCCAGCCCACAGAGAACCUGCCUCUGGAGUUCAGUGAUGACCUUGAUGUGGAAGGAGAUGGUAUGCAGGGUCCUCCAUCGCCCCUACAGUUUGACACAGCCCUGGCUUUGGAGGACCAAACUAUUCGAGCUAUAGCUGAGGAUCCGAUGGACAUCCUGACGGCAGACGACCCGGAUCAAGUUGACUUGGACACUUCAGGACAAGAGCUUUCAGAAAGAGACGUCAGCGACAUUGUGGACAACCAGGUGGUGUCUCAGGUCGUUGGAGGGGAAGAAGCCGCUGCAGUGGAUGCACCAAGAUGAAUAAACUUGACUUGGGCACAACACAGAAUUUCCAUUUGCACAAAGACUGAGUUGAGCUCUUGGAUGAACUUGUCAUGUUUGUUCUCCUACAAAGUGAGAUUUGACUGCUUUGUCACCUGGCUCUCUGUUCAUAUGGUUUGGCCUGUCUGCUUGCAUUAAACAACUGCACUCCUCUGUUGCACAAGAGACACAUACUCUGUUCAGACUUCUCAAAGAGGCUAAUUUCCUCUUGCUGAGAGAGACCAGUCUGGUAGAAUCAGCUCAGCAGGAGGAUUCUGUAUUAAAUACAAGGAAGUCCAACUUCACUGAAAAUGUUUGCUUCCUUAUUGGCCUCAAAUUAUUGUGAUGUCAUAAAUCCCACAGUUUGAGAUA